UAUGAGAACUGCAUUACUUCUAAUUGUUAUUUUUUUAACAAGAGGAUUCUUAGAAAUAAAUGAAAAGUAGUAGAAGAGUCUAUAACAUUUAUUGAUGUAAGAAAUACAUGAUGGAGGUAAUUUUUAAGCAGCAGAUCCUAAGGCAAUAGCUAAUAUUGAUUUCAUUUUUAGUGGAUAUAAUUUAUUUUUUGGAAAUCCAAUAACUUGGAGAGAAACAUCAGAUCCUGGUUUUACAGGAAGAAACAUCUUUUUGACUUCAUAUAGCAAAAAAUAAGUCACAUCAGAUGGAAGACAUAAAAUUCCAGACCAUUUAAAUGUUAUUACAAAGAAAGGAUGCAAAUACAACUUUGAGUCAUUUGUAAUUAAGAAUACAGAGUAAAUUUAAAAUUAUAUGAGUUCUUUUGUUGGGUAUGUUAUCUCUAAUAAUAUAGAGUAAAUUUAGUGUCUAAUAUUGAUAUUACUCCAUGGGCAUUUACAUCAUCAUCUGAAUUCAAUCAUAUGUAAUCAAAAAUAGAGUAAACAUCUUCUACUUUUGUGGUUUCUAUAGCUUCAUGUUAAAUAGCAUAAAUUACACAAGUUCCUGAAUUAGCAGAAUUUCAUCAAAGUUUUAUUGAUCAAUUGUCAGCCUUACCAGUUGAAUAUUCAGCACCUUAAUAUUUGGAAUUCUUAAAUAAUUUUGGAACACAUUAUGCAACUGAUAUAGUACUUGGAUCUAAAGUAGGUUAUGUAUAUACUUUACCACCUGGAAUAGUUGAUGAUUUUGAUUAAAAAAAGUUUAAAGAAAUUGAUUUAAAAUAAGCAGCUACAAUUACAUCAGCCCUUCUUAAAGGAGUUAUAGGAUAAUAAAUAUUACCAAAGGAACAAGAAGCUAAAGCCUAUAGUGAUGUAUCUAAAUUAAGUACUCAAAGUUUCACUAUUGAAAUUGGGCCAUAAAGCACAGAAAAUACUCCUAAAGAUUGGUUAAGAGAAACUGAAUUGGAACCAACUCCAAUUAGAUAUACAUUAAAAAGUUUAAGUGAAUUAGUAUUGGAAGGAAAAGGAUAACUAUCCUAAGUUAAGGAAUAUUAAAAAAUUGGAUAAAAUUUAAAGUAAUUAUUUUAUAUAAUUAUUACAGAAAGGCUUUAACUGAUUAUUGCAAUUUAUUAUAAUUAUAAGGAUAAAGAAAUGGAAAAUGUGAAACAAAUAAAAGGGAAAUUGGUUAAUGGGUUGAAACUAGAAAAGUGUGUUUGAAUUUCUUAAAAGAUUGUGAUUGGAGUGGUGCAAGUACAUAAAUUUGUGGGAAUAGAAAUCCAAUAUAAAAAAUUGGAUUAGAUUUACCUGAAAUUUAAGCUAAUUCAGUUAAAUUUCAUAGUGAUAAAACAGUUAUAUUAGGAAUUAGUAAAUUCAAAAGAGAUAAAAAUUAAGACAUAGUAAUAGCUGCAUUUCAUAAUGAUUAUUUAUUCUUAGAUAAACCAGAGAUAUGCUUAAUAAAUUAAGGAAUGUCUGCAUCUGCUGAAUAUCCUAUUUAUAUAACUGAUACAUCUAAAUGUGUUGUUUUAUUAUUAUGGAAUGCUUGUGAAGGAGAAGUAUUUUAUUUUACAUCAGUUAUAUGCAAUCAAAUGGAUUUUAUGAAUGCAUAAUUUGAGAUGUUAGGAUCUAUGGGAAAAUGUGAAGUAAUUAUUAUAAUAUAAUAUUUUUAUUAGAUUGCUUUGUUGGAUAUACGUUAUCCAAAUUCUGCAUAAUUAAGAAUUUGUUUAUUUAAAGAACCAAAACUAGAAGGAUAGAAGGCUUGUUUUACUAAUGAAAAUAAAGAUGCUUACUUUGGAUAAGAAUUUAAGAGUAUGAUGAUCGAAGAAAAUGAAGUAAUGAUUCAUAGAUCUAUGCCUGGUAGUAUUGCAAUUUAAUUUGGUUGA